CGAUAACACCACCAGUCGCGGAAAGUGUUGUUGUUGUGUCGGUCGUGGGCCCCGAAUCGCUCAGCGCCGCUUCCGUUUAAUCUCGUAUAUUCGGUGAUGUGGUGGUGAUCGAGUGUCCGAUUGCGAUUAGAAGUGCGGCCGGUCGAUCGUUUGAUGUCGGAACGAUGGGCCCGGGGGGAAUAAAUUAGGCACUGGAGGUGAAAAAAGGAACUGGAAGCGUCGGUGUCUUACGUUUUUAAGAGGUCUCUGUACCCUCCCACCUCCCCCCUAAUCCCUCCUACUACUAUGUCUCAUGGUGGCGAGGGACGACGGCCGACAUACCAUGUGACGAUCAGAUUUUGGUAAAUUAAAUUAAAGCUAGAAUUCGGUACACCACAAUUAUGGACAUUCCUUUACCUGAUGAGAUACCCUUGCCUGGUGGGGAUGACGACAGUCAACCAGGUCCCCCAGGCGAUGGGCCUUCACCCAUGCCGAUGGGAAGAGGCAACUUUCAAAUGCCUCCAGGACCAGGCCACGGUCCUCAGAUGAUGCGCCAACCUCAGCCGCCGGGGAUGCUUGUGCCCCCGCCAAUGUUCCGAGGCCCCGUGCCACCUUUUAUGCAAGGGCCGCCUCCUAAUCCCAUUCAGGAGGAUACAAGGGCAUCUAGUGACAGGUAUUCUCCAAGCCUCGUCACAGCAGACGACGAUGAGAAAGAGCAGCCAUCAAUAUCUUCAAUUUUUGCUCAAGAAGAGAAUCUUCAGAGUUGUUCCCCUCCACCACCAGUAUCUUCACACUCUUCUUCGCACUCUUCUCACUCAAAUUCACAGGCUCAGGAGUCUAUAUCGGCCAUCUUCGAUUCCUUCCUCGCUCCUCCUCCCCAGACUCCCCCACCAGUUCAGACUCACCAUCCCGUCCCACCUCAUCCCCACGAACAGCAUCCUGGUAAUAGAUUCCCCCCCAUGCCACCACCUUUUCAUAUGAGCGGUCAGCCUCCUCCGCACGGUCCACACGGGCCACCUGGUAUGCCACCCGGUAUGCCCCCUGGCCCUCCAGGUACUGGUCCCCCUUGUAUGCCACCUGGUAUGCCACCUGGUCCUCCAGGUACUGGUCCACCUGGUAUGCCACCUGGUCCUCCAGGUACUGGUCCACCUGGCAUGCCACAUGGUCCGCCUGGUAUGCCGCCUGGUAUGCCGCCUGGCCCUCCUGGUGGUGGUCCUCCUCUACCUUGUGGUCCGCCAGGACCAUAUUUUAUGCGUCCUCCUCCUUUUCAGAAGUAUGGCUCACAUCAUGGAAAUCCUCAGUUUGGUCCUUCUUAUCCUCCAGGACCCAGCAACAAAAUGCACAGACCAUUCAGACCAAUGAUGCACUCAAAUGCCCCAUAUUACCAUAAUAAGAAUAAGCCUUCAAACAUGAUGAAAUCUUACAAUGUACACCAGCCAUCCUAUUCGCAAGAGAAAGAAGAGACGGUCGUUAGCUCGGAAACUGUUACGACAACGACCGAGAUGGCUCCCGGUGAAAUACCUUCUGUAGAAGCAGAUUCAACGGCAGUUGCACCGGAAGUGUCGUCGUCACUAGAAAUGGAUACUCCCUUACCGUCAGAAUUGCCCAAAGAGGAAGACUCGGACCCAACAGCUUCUCAGGGAGUUGGGGAAGCAUCAGAAUCCAGCGCACCUCCCGGUACAACAGUAACAACAACAGUACCUUCUGAAUCAGAAAUUCUACUUUCCAGCAUGGCUACACAACUUGCUCAGCCUGAAACUAUAGUGAAACCAGCCACAGAGGGCACCACUGAAAGCAAUGCAAGUGAAGCAAAUGAAAAACCAGUCAAGAAAGUUAUGCCCAAAGUACUGGGGAAGCACGGUGCCAAAAAGAGACUUCUUUCAUACUCGGGAAAGUUGAAUGCAUUUUCUCUUGCAAAGACGGCAAAGCAAACCACCGCCACCAACUUGGAAGAGGACGACGAAAGCAAUGAGAAGAAGAAAGCUUUAAUCCAAGUAAAGAAGAAGAAGAAGGAGGAGAAGAUGUCGUCUAUUGAACAGAUUCGAAAUGAAGAGUCUCGCAUCAAGGAAGCUUUAGGCCUGAAAAACGUUCUGUUUAGUCCCUAUGGGCCUGGGUUAGCACCUCUUGCCAAACUCUUAGAUAAUCCAGAAGAACUCAGGAAAUUCGAAGAUCGAGGAAAGCAAGCAAAAAUCAAAUUAGAAGAAUAUGAAGUUCGUUCAAGAAUGCGUGGGAGGGAAGAGAAAAAGAAGGACAAAGGGGAGAAGGAGAGAGAAAAGAAAACCAAAGAGAAAGAAGACAAAGAACGGGAUAAAGAUAAGGAAAAUUAUAAAAGUGAGGGUGAGGGCAAAGCAGCAGACGUUCCAAGUGCUACUGCUGACGAAGAGUCUAAAACUGACGCCACUGCUAAACAGGAACCAGAAGAAGUUAAAAAGAAAUCUAUAGUGUUACCUAAGACAUGGAAAGAGUAUAAUAUUGAAAAUUAUGACCUUGACAGUUUGAAACAAGCCAUAAGAGAAGCACAGAGGAGACGCCGUUCACGAAGCAGGGAAAGACUUCGGACUCAUGGCGGUUACAGUCGAGACAAGAAAGACCCCAGAGAUGAAGAAUUAGACAAUUAUGGCAUGCAGAAUGAACCAAUAUAUCCUGUAAAGCUCAAGUCUCUGAAUGGGAUGAGAUUACAGUACCCAGGAAAGAUGGUACGGUACACUAAGACACGGCCUUCUGUUUCGUAUGGAAUUAAUUAUCACAGAUUUAAUGCUCAUUAUUCAAAUCGUAAUGAAAUAAGGAUAAAAGAGUCAGGAGAGAUAUGGGAGAUUAUGGAGGACUUAUGGAGUGCCAAACCUGUUUACCCUCGCCAUAAAAAACACAAAGGUAAACUAUCUCGGGCCUGGUUUCCUGAAACUUUGGAAGGCAAGUCAUCAACUAAGACUAAGACAGUAGUGGAAGAGAAAGAGGAGCAAGCUCCAAAGUCAAAAUCAGAAAAGAAAUCUAAAAAGUCUCACAGUCGCCACAAGGCAGCAGAAAAGAAUGUUGUUGAAGUUUUGCCCGAACCUAAGGUAAAAGAAGGGGAAGAGGAAGAGGUUACCCAGGCUACCACAAAAUCUCGAUGGGAUUCGGAUAAUGACGAAGGCGAAGGUAAAGUUGUUGAGGGAGGUGGAGAAGAUGAAACCAUGACCACACUGUCAAAAACCGAAGAGAUGGUUGACUUGGAAGAGUGCACUAAUCCUGAAGAAAGUGAAUUAGUCUCAUCAGAUAACACAAAUAAUGCUGAAAAUGGAGAAGCUAAUGAAACAUCAGGUAAAGCCUUCCCUGAGGGACUCAAUGAAGAGUACGAAGCAUUUUUAGAAAUUCUCGGUGGGGCGUCGGAUUUGCAAGAGAAGCCAGAGGACAAGGAAGAUGAGUCGGGUACACCACAGGAAGAUGGGGAUCUUCCUGAAGUUGCUGAGAAGGAAGAGGAUGAAUUGGAAGAGGGAGAGGAGUCAUAUUCAGAAGAGUCAGGCGAAGAAGAAGAAGAAGAAAAAGAGAAUCAGGAGGAAAGUAUACAGGAAGUGGAUAUGGUAGAAGAGGAAGAGGAGAAGGAUACUGAGGAGAAAUUAGACCAAGAGAAGAAGAAAGAAAAAGCUGAAAAGAAACUGAAAAAGCAAAUGAAAAAAGCCAAAAAGAAGCAAAAGAAGGCCAAAAAGAAAGCUAAAAAGAAGGGCAAGAAAGUAGUAAAAAAGAAAAAGACAUCCAAGAAAGAGAGCAAGAAAAGCGACAGAAAAGUCGAUGUUUCCGAUGUGAACAAUGAAAGUGAUUCUUCGGUCAUUGAUGCAAAAGAAGGUGACAUGGGAGGGCAUUCACAGAGGAAAAGAAGGCACUCGGGGGAUAGCAGAGAUGGCAGUGAAGAGAGGCAUAGAGAUUAUUCUGGUAGACGAGAUUCUGAGGAUAGGAGUUCACCGGAAAGGGAACACAUGGACCGGAGGAGGAGGGACUUUACUCCAGACAGGAGGGGCGAUUAUGACAGGAGAAACAAUUUUGAUGAUAGGAGAGAAUUUAAUUAUCACAGGGAAGGUCGUGGAUAUUUCAGGGGAAGGGGAGGUGACUGGAGAAGAGAUGACUUUGGAGAUCACCGGGGAGAUUCAGAGGUCACGGAGGGUAUGAGAGACGGGGCCGAGGAAGAGGUUUCAUCAGAAACUUCCAUUUUCGAGACAGAAGGGAUUCCUACAGAGAGAGAAGAAUUGAUUAUGAGGAAAAGAGAAAUGAUGAUAGGAUGUAUGAAAGGAAUGAAGAUUACGAAGAUUACGAGGUGCACAGAGAAUUCAUCAGAGAAAAGAGAUACGAACGUAAGGAGGCUCUCGAAGGGCAGGGAUCUUCGGAAGGAGAGACAAGAAAGACGAGGCUAUGAUAGGAGGAGGAACAAAGACAAGGAUAUUGAAGAAGUAGAAGACUUUCUUUCCUGUUCUCCCGCUAGAACUAUAUCUGACGAAAGUGAUGAUGACAUAAAAUCAAUUGAACAUAUUCCUGAUGAAGAACCAACCAUAAUUGAGGACACUAAAGAGGACUAUCCAAGAUCAAGGAGAGAAAAACGAUUGCCAUCACCAGCACCGUCUCCAUCACCUUCGUCGUCUCCCGAAAGAACGAGAAAAUCCAUUGAAGAUGUGUCUGAAGACGAAGAAGAAAGAGUGAAAUCUAAGAAGAGAAGUGUCUGGGAUAUAGAAGAAUCCAACACUAGCCAGUCUUGGAAAUCAAAAGAAUCCUCACCGAGUCACACCAUUGAAGAUGUAGAUGAUGAUGAUGAUGAUGAUGAUGUUGAUGAUGAUGAUGAUGAUGAUGAUGGGAAGACAUCCUUGAGCACUAGAUAUGCAACCAGUAAUACUUCUGGGUAUUAUGAUAUGAGUCCCACUUCUAGUCCAUCAUCAGAACCAGAUUUAGCAAAACUUGAGGAAACCAAGUCAUCAAAGAAAAAGGGGAAAAGCAAGAAAAAUGUGGAAAUUAAGUUAGAUGAUAUACCUUACCCCCCUGGGGGUCCCCCUGUAGGCAGAGGGAAGGACGCUCCUAAAAAGGCCCACACUGCAAGUGAUCGCUACAGUCCUUCCAACAUGUCUAUGUCUGCCAGUCCAACUUCAUCUUCUCCCGACAACUCUCCUCGUUCUCGCUCUCCAGCCUUGGAGAUUCCCCUGCCUCUUUCAGUACAAAGUAUUCCCGUUCCACCGGCAAAAAGGGCAUCCAAGAGAGAACUCGUGGCUGAUUUGAAAGGAAUUUCUUUGCCCCCGGCCGGGAUACCUCUACCGUCGGGUCCUCCUCAUAGUAGUGAUUUGGAAGUUACUAAAUUAACCACGCCCAUGCCAGUUCCUGGUGCAAUGCCAGUUGCACCUGUCCAACCACCAUCCUUUUUAGCAAAUAAAUUACCAACUCCUACACUAGGUACUACUCCCUCGUUUGCUUCUGCAUCAGGAGCGUCUGUUCCUCCUCCUGUGCUCCCAACAGUAUCAAGUAGAAAAGACUCAUUAACAAGGCCUUAUGACAUUGAAGACAUAGAGAUCAGUAAACCAGCAAAGGCUUCUGUAUUUCCCUCGGCAUCUGAGUCUGAGCCUUCGGAAGUGGAAACAAAAGGUUCUGAUUCGGAAAAAGCUGGUGGACUUUCUUUUAAAUCAGAUAUAUUGCCAACUAAAUGGGUUGAAAAAAGUGCCGACGAGGGGCACGUUGACGAAGUUGCGAGCGAAGAAAAGGUAAAGAGUACCAGAUCGAUGCCAAUUACCUUCCGCUUAGGUGGGUCCAAGCAGACGACUAUAAAGAGGCUCCAGAAGGGAUCUGUGUUACCUGAAUUUGAUCAUGAUGAAGAGGAGGAAGAAAAAAUAGCUUUAGAUUUGGGUAGAGAUGAGGAUGAUGAUAAAGUAGAGUUUGGUAGUGAGGAUACUAGGCUUGAAGACAGGAAUUCAAUCAAAGAAAGUGCUCUGAUAGGUCAGCCAAUUAAAUCUCCUCCAGGGUCUCCAAAAGUAGCAGAUUCAAAUAAUAAAGAAAUGCAGAUGGAUGAAAACAAGGAUGUAGACAAUUUCAAGCGCUCACGAUCACGAUCUGUAGAAAAGAAGUCCCCGCAAAGAAGUAAAUCCCUCUCCCAGAAGGAUUUGUCCCCAGAGAGAAGUCCCUCUCGUGAGAGGAGUAAGUCACCCAAAGCGACCAAGAGUCAGUAUAAAGGUAAAUCGCCUACAAGAAAUAGAUCACCCGUAAGAAGCAGGUCGCCCCAGAGGAACCGUUCUCCUAAAAGAACGAGGUCUCCCAGAAGGUCGAGGGAUUCGAGGUCACGUAGUUGGUCGCCAAGGAGAAUGGGAGGGAGACGGUCUCCUCCCAGAAAGCGAAGGAUGUCACCUGAAUAUAGUAGGAGAUUCAGGGGCAGUCCCGAAAGGGGCAGGAGACGAGAGUUUGGGAGCCCCCGUAGGGCAGGCCGUUGGCCUCGUGAUGGGAGAUCGCCGCCUCCGCGAAACCUUGGGCCCAGAGGUGGCAAAGAUAGACGGUCUCCAAAAAGAUAUAGCCGCAGCCCUACUCCUUUAAAAGGGGACAGGUUUGCUAGUCCAGACUCCAGACACAGUGGAAGUCCAGAGAAAGGACAUGCCCCAGUUUCUCAGGGACCAAGAACGCCUGAAGGACCUGAAAAGGAUAAUUCAGUCAGGUCCCCACCGCCUCGUAUAGGAUCUCCUCAGAGAGAGCGGGAGUUUAGGGGCAGUUACAGAGAAAAAAUAAGUAGUAGGAGUCCUGAAAGGCCACCAUCUCCAGAGGCCAUUGGCCGAAGACCAUAUCCUAGUCCACCCGGGAGCCGUAAGAUCAGGAAAGAGUAUAGGUCAAGUCGUAGCCCAGGGUCUAGGAGUCCGGAAAGAUGGGCUUCUCGACGUCACAGUCCAGGAAGGAGAAGUCCAAGCUGGAGCCCAGAAAGGCAAAGGGCAGGUAGCCCAGGCUGGAGAAGUCCAUUCAGAAGCCCAGACGGUCGACCCCGGUAUUCCCCCGGAAGAGAGAAGGGUAGUCCCGGGCGUCGCUGGAGCCCAGUACGAUCUCGAUCUCCGAGGAGGUCUCCUUUCCGUAAGUCUCCGUUGCGAAGGCCUCACAGGUCAACCAGCAGAUCUCCCGUUCGAAGGUCCCGAAGCAGAAGCCCCAUUCGCAGGUCAGGCAGUAGAUCCCCUAUUCGAAGAUCACCAUUGAGAAGAUCUCCAAUGUGGUCGAGAUCACCUCCGGGAAGGAUGUCACCAGGUAGGAGGUCUCCAUUAAGAAGGUCACCAUUAAGAUCUCCUUUGAGGAGAUCACCCAUUCGAAGGUCACCGCUUCGUAGAUCACCCGGACGUAGAUCUCCACUCAGAAAAUCUCCACGAAGAUCUCCUCGUGGUUCCCGAUCUCCAAGCAAAGACUUCGAUUAUGAACGGCACGAAAGAGGAGGGUGGAACAACUGGAAAUGGGAAAAAGAGCAGGGAGAAGAUCAUAAAGACCCAGAACGAUGGCCAGUUCGCCCUCCAAGUCCCAAAGAUGCUCCGCCUCACGACAAGUAUUACAAAAAGAAAGGGGAUCGCAAAGAGGGCACCUUGAAAAUUGAUGCAGACUCUACUAUCAGCGAUUCUGAGCUCACAAUUAAGAAAGAACCAGUUGACUCUUCCUCACCUUCACCUCACAAUUCUCCACGUCGACUCUCUCUAGAUGAAAGACUCCAGCAAGAGCAUGGAGUCAGCAUUGAAGACCACUCAAAGAAAAGACAGCCCCCUUCGCAUUCACAGCCUCAGAUGUAUAACUGGGGUUAUCAAGCGCAUCCAGUGCAGGUCCAUCAGUUCCAGUAUGCUUAUGAAGGAAGCAGCGAUAGUGUUGCUGGUGAAGGCAGGACCGCGGAAGGCUCAUCAAGGGUCAUCCAGGUUGGCAACAUGUUACAAGUCCUCCCCCAGGAUCCAGCGACGACAACUGCACCGCAGUCAAUGAUUGUUCAGCAAGUCUUGCCUCAGGAGCCCAGCACUGCAACUGCUCCUUCGCCCAUGAUUGUUCAGACUGGAAAUGUUAUUCAGGUGGUACCAGCAGAGAACAUGCAGAUGUUGGGAACCGACGUCCUAUCGGGGAUCCCAGUGUCCAGUGGUGGUGUAAUGGGGGUGGGAGGGGUAGUGCAGGUUGUGACAGGAGGUAUGGUGGGCAUGUCUGGGUCGUCGCCCACCCCUGUCCCUGCCCCGGUGACGUCGACGGCCACCGCCUCGAGCAAAUCGGCAGCCGAGGAUACUGCGGCUGCCGUGUCCUCAGUCUUAUCUAGUCUGUCGUCAAUUCAGCUGCCGGGCGCUUCGGUCUUGACGUCGUCGUCGGUCAGCCAGCUGCCCUCCCACUCUUCGGUGACGACUCAGGCGAAUUCCCUCUCUACUAGUACGGUUACUCCCACCGCAUCUACUCAUGCUGCUGGACUGCCAGUGGCACAUUUGAUCUCUCUUUUACAGCAGCAACAGAUGGCAAGCAUUAACGAGUCCUCGGUGGAUCAGGAAACAAAAGCUGCAGCGAAAGAAAAGGCACGAGAAGAACGUAGAGAAAGGAAGGAAAAGCGGAGAGUGGAGAGAGAAGCGAGGCGCGAAGCUCGGCAAAAGGAGAAGAAAGCGCAGCAACUCAAGCAAGGAAAAGGAAAGGGUGGCUCAGAGAGAGAACAAGACAAUCAAAAUUCAGACACUGAAGAUGAAGUGUUGAUUAGGGAGGCCAUUUAUGAGGUGCCAAAUAUAGGCUCGCCAGUUCCAGAGUAUGAAAUAAUCCAAGAGGAAGAUGAAGAGGAUGAUGAGGAAGAAGCUCUGUUAAAGAAGAAGCGUCGCCUACCUGUACCUUUACCCCCUGCAGAAAAGGGUAUUUUAAUGAGCCCAAGCUAUAGAUACCGAGAAGAAUACCAUCCAAAAGCCGUGAAAUUUGCAGAUGGUAUUUUGCCAGGCGAAGGGACAUCACCGUCUGGUGGCGAAGAAAUACAUUCGCCACCUCCACCUGGUGGAGACCAAGUGACAAAACCUAAGGAAAAGAAACUGCGCAAGAAGCGAAAAGUUAAAGUUAAAAUUAUCAAAGAGUACAAGGUUAAUGAUGGGGAUGACGACUCUCCUCCUCCGCCACCUCCUGGCUCCCCUCCCCCAUUAGCAGCCCUUAAACUGUACCCUGGGUAUACACAUUACAGUUACACUGCUCCAGGAACAGUUGUAAUAUAUGCCCAACAGCCACAGCAGACAUAUGCCUAUGCCUCUGGACAGACACAAGGGACAAUGACCGUUCCAGGUGGAAUGGUGAUCCAGCAAGGAACAAACACUCAACAACAGGCAGCUUUAGGAAGCUUGAGUGGCGUAACGCCAGGAGUGUUCCGUUACCCUGGCUAUGUGUAUACCACAGUUUAUUCAGCUGGUCAACAGCUACAGUAUGUCCUACCAAGUUCCUUGACAUCUCAGCCCACUACCUCGUCACCCCAAAAAAUGGGCAAGAAGUAGAAGUGCAGGUUGAUUGUAGAUUUCUCUAUUUACAAAAAGAAAGAAAGAAAAAAAAAAACACCUUUACAGAGGGACUUUUCUAGAUGGUGUGUAAUAUUCACCUCUGUAGGUUAGCAGUGAUAACCAACUUAUAUUUUUUAUCUGGAAGUUCAGGAUGUAAAAUAUAUGAAAUUUCAGUGGGUCAGAAGGAAAUUUGUACAUACUACUACUGUUGAUACAAACAUUACUUUGGAUAUCUUUUCUCAUGAUGGUAAGACUCAAGUUUUUUGAAAAGUCCUUGGUUUAUUGGUUUGACAUUGGUGAAUAUACCAGAAUUUUGCCCAAUCUCAGAAUGUAAAGUACGUACUACAGUAUGAGAUGAUGUGAGCCACAGCAGUAUGGAAAUAAUGAUCUUGAAUACAUGUGAAUUGUUCAUUGGUUAUUAAUAUUGGCUGUGCUUUGUCUGUGAAGGAGGCUUCUGGAGGUUCACAAUCCAUUUGUUUAAAUAUGUUAAGAGGGAAACGACCUAUUUUAUAAUUUCUGAUGAUAUGGAAAAAGGAAACAUUUGCCUUAACCUUUUAGCUUGUCACUUGUGCUGAAAAUCUCACUUGUUUAUAAUUAAGCAUAAUAAAUUUGGAGGUUCAGUGGACACAGGUUUAAUAGCAUUGAUUUAAUAUUGGUUUGUUAUACUGUACACAUUAUCAAAAACCCUUCCAUUAAUUGGAUGUGUGUGUGUGUGCCUGGAGAAAAGUGUAAUCACUUUCAACCCAGACUGAUAAAUGUACAAAAAAUUUGUACCAUUAGUUCAUAAUUUUUAGACUACCACAUUUCUGUGAUAAAAAAAAAAAAUAGUACAUAGAAAGAAUAUUACAUUUGCUUCCACGUAAAACCUUUAUCAUGAUGGUAUGUUGUCCACGGUCUAAUAUUAUUGCGUAUCCUCACAUACAAACCAGUAAAAGGUCUGAACGUCACAUUGCAGCCAUCUGAAUUCCUUCUUAUUAUAUAAUAAGACAAACUGAAAAGGAAGACAGCCAUUAAAAAGCAAUUUGCCACAAUAAAGCAAUUUGCAAUAUUGUGGCAAUACACAUUUUGGGCUGUACAUUCCUUGAGCAAGCCAAGAUCGAAUUUGCACAACACUUGUAACACUUGAAAGGGCAUUCAUUCUUUGACACCAAAAGCAAUAGUACUAAUAAAGUUUUUGACAAGUAAUUGCACGUUGCUAGGAAAGGAAGUAACUGGAGUGAGCUUGAAAAUGUAAAUAUGUUCUUUUACUUUAUUAAUGUAUAUUUUGUUUAUUUUGUAACUUUUAAGAGUUCAGUUUGUAUUUGUAUAGAUGUACAUGAGGUAUUUCAUAUAAUUUUUUAUGCAAUGUUUUGAGUAUUUGAACUUCAGUUCGUAGCUAUUCUGAAUGAUAAUUUAUAGUGUAACACAUGAUGUGUUAUUUCUGAUGAUUAAAUAUAUGAUUUAUGAUUAAAGGAAAUUUUUUUAA